AUUGCGUUUUAUGUGAAUAAUACGUUUAACAAUGGGAAAACAUAAGAAUUCGAAGCAAGAGUUGAUUUUUGUCCAAUUCAUGGAAGAAAAUCCAGACCUGGCAAAAAAUUUUGUUAAGGGCGAUCGAGUAAUUGCCGAAGAAAAAUGGAAAGAGUUAACCACGUUACUCAAUGCUGAAGGUCCACCCCAGAAGGAUGUUAAUGGAUGGAAGAAAAUAUGGUCUGACUGGAAAGGUUGCAUUAAAAAAAAGGUGGCCCAUAAUAAGAUGGAAACAAGAGCAACAGGAGGAGGCCCCUUUAAUCAAUAUAUCUUGUCCCAAAAUGAGGAAUCCGUUGCCAGAAUUUGCGGAAUUUUUGCGGCUGUAGAGGGAAUAGCGCAAGCCAGAACUUUCGGCACAGAAAGUGAAACAAACAACCUAAGCGUCCGUGAUUCCGAUGAAGACGAACGUCCACAGACAACCAUAUCCACUGGAAGCUUGAUCAACGCCGUUUGUGUAUCCCUGUACGACUUUCUCAAGCUCUUUACAACAGAGAUUGUUACGUCAUUAACAACUUAA